UAUUAAAAUAAGUUCACAUCACUUGCUCCUCGAUUUUUUAUAUGUCGCCGUGUGAGAUCUUAAUACACCCGAUUGAUAACCCUGUCUAAGGUCAAAUUUGCUGAACUUUGACCGACCAAUCAGCGUCUAGAAAGGCAUUCACAAUAAACCAAUCAACAAAGCGCUCUCAAACCGUUAUCGGUAUCGUUGAAAAAAAUGGCAGCGCCCAGUGUAGAAGAUGUUUUGAUUCAUGUUUUGCCAAAUUUCGGCAUAGAUAGUAUAAAGACGGAGCAAAAAGUAAUAUUGGAAUGUUUAGUUAGUAAGAAGAACUGUGUUGCUGUCCUCCCGACUGGGUUUGGCAAGUCGUUGCCUUUUCAACUGUACCUACCAGUAGUUCGAGAGAUUUGUGAAAACAGUUCCGACUGGAAGGUGUUAGUCUGCUGUCCCCUUGUGGCGUUAAUGCAGGACCAAGUUGAGAAACUAUCUCAUAUUGCCAACCUUUCUGCUGCAUACAAAGGAUCAUCUUCCCAGAUUGAUGACAAUAUCAAGGACGGGUUGAUAGACAUAAUUUAUGCAUCCCCAGAAACAUUAGUAGGUGAUCCAGAAUGGAGAAAUUGCUUGAAGAAGUUAAACAUAAAAGUAAUUGUGAUUGAUGAGUUUCACACAAUAGCAAUUUGGGGUCAAGGUGAAGGAGGAAGAAAAGAAGCCUUUAGAAAGUGGUUUGGUAAUAUUGGGGAAUUGAGAUCUCUUUUUCCAGAGGCUACAGUACUAGCUUUGAGUGCAACUUGCACAGUCAACAUCCGCCAAAAAGUUAUGAAAAUUUUGCAAUUAACUGAUGAUACCAAAGAAAUAAAUAUGUCACCAAACAAAUCAAACAUCAAACUUGUGUCCUCAAAAAUAAAAAAUGAAAUCGAGAUGGGGAUGACAUGGUUGGUAGAUGCCUUAGAUGAAAAGAAAGGAGAUUUCCCAAGAACCAUAAUUUACUGUUCAUCAAUAAAUGACACCUCCAAAUUAUAUAAAUACAUUACUACUGAACUUCCCAGUUGCACAAAGUAUGUAGAGAUGUUUCAUUCUGAGACACCAGAUAGCAAUAAGAACAUGAUAAUACAUGCUUUGAAGGAUGAAGGCAGUGCUAUAAGGAUAAUUCUAUCAACCAGUGCCUUGGGAAUGGGGUUUGAUGUAAAGAUGUGCAACUCUGUGAUUUUAUUUGGACCUCCAAAUAACCUUGUGGACAUGUUACAGGAAAUAGGGCGAGUAGGCAGGGAUGGCAAUCCAUCUGUUGCCAUUAUUCUGUAUAAUGGUUACCACCAGCAGAAAUUAAGCCCGGAAGUGAAGGCUAUUUUAAGGACAAAAGAAUGUAGGAGGAAGGAGUUAAUGUCAAACUUUUUGAGAAAUUCUGACUUGCAUGAAAUGGAAUCGAAAGAGUGUGGGAAGCAUUCAUGUUGCGACCUGUGUGCAAGCAGAUGUAGUUGUAAUUCGUGCACUUUGUUGCCUUUAGAAAAACUUUUUCUGGCUGAACAUGUUGUCGAAGAGGGACAUGACGAUUCUUUUUCAGAUAGUGACACUGAAAGCUACAACCUGUCGGAGUAUGAUUAUUUUGAAGACCUUGAUUUGGGUCUUUUAGAAAUACAAGAUGAUUAAAAACAAUUUGUGUUGUUCAUGUUUCUGGUUCAAUACAGGCUCAUUCAAAUUGCGAUUAA